AUGAGGUUUUUGCUGCUCGUGGUGGUCGCGCUAGCACUUUUCGCGUACAGUGGCGCUGUCUCCACAAGCUCUCGGAGACUCCAGGCCUCCGCUAACCCCCACUCCCUCUCUUAUGCUGAGAAUUCCCCCAGCUUCGGCAAGAGGAUACUACUGAGGUCGGGGAGCGAUAACGCUCGGGCUACAACGUCUAUAGUCGAUGGAGAAGAGCGCAUGGGGGUGAAGGACGUCCUCAAGGUGCUGUACAAUGCUAUCAAGAUGAAGAUCAAGAUGAAGUACUGGCUUUUCCGAGGUAAAACACCCGAGCAAGUGCUCGAGAAGCUGAAGGUUGCGAGCAAGACCGACAAGAACUACAAGUACUACGCCAAGUACUUCUACAAGUACUACGUCAAGUAUCCGGCCAGGCAGCCAUCGACUCUACCGACAGAGACGGCAGAAAAUAUCAUAAAGUCGAGGUUGCGCCAGUAUUUGGAUGACAAUCUUUCUCCGCCUCAAGUUUUCGCAGAACUGGGACUGACGGGCUCGUUCGCAUCAGCGCGUGGGCAACCGAACUACGAGUACUUCGAGCAGUACUACAACAUGUGGAGCGACUUGCAAGUAAGACUUUCACAGGCAAAUUGA